AUGAGCAAACAACAUUGUGUUCCGGACUUUUACUGCUGCUAUUUAUUACGGUCCAUACCAAAGCCAAAUUCAUUUUAUAUAGGAUCAUCCCCUGAUCCAGUGAGGAGGCUCCGACAGCAUAAUGGAGAUGUUAGCCGUGGUGGUGCGUUUCGCACCAAGAGAAUGGGGACGAGACCUUGGAAGAUGGUAUGUUUUGUGUAUGGCUUCACCAGUAAAAUCGCUGCAUUACAAUUCGAGCAUGCCUGGCAGCAUAGCUACAAGACGCGAUUUAUUGAAGAUGACGAGCGAUUGGUUACUAAGAAAAAUACCAGGAAUGGUAUUGCGACUAAGUUAGGCAAUGCGAGGUUGCUAAUGAAGCAUGCAUAUUUUGACACAAUGGGUCUUCGGAUUCGGUUCUUUGACAGACUGGCGUGGGAUUGCUGGGAAACAAACAAGUUUCGUAUUCAGUACAAUGUGACAGUGUGUGAAGUGGAUGAGUGUGUCUUAACUGAUGAUUCUGAACUUGAUGAUCUAAACGAGUUGAAUUUAGAGCGAAUAAAAGCGUUUUACGAGGACCACAUUGCAUCGGAGCAAGUUGUCUUCCAGAGAUACCAACACCAGCUGACAUAUGACACCCAGAAUUGUAUGUUAUGUGAUGCUACAUUUGACUAUGUUCAUGAUCAGGGAACACAGAUGAUAGCAUUCUGCAUAGAUGAUGAUUGCAAUUUUAUCUCUUGUUUGAGAUGUUUGUACAAGAACUUUACCAAGAACUCCAACGUUAUUAUACCGAAGUGGGGCAAUUGCCCAAAGUGCCAUACAAACCUUCAUUGGUCAGAAGUCGUGAAGUAUUCCACAGUUAUACGCCGUAGUUUAGUAGGAGAAUGA